AUGUCUUGCCCAGGGACAUAUUUAUACCAUGCACACUAUGGUAUGCAAAGAGAAGCAGGGCUGUACGGAUCAAUUCGUGUAUCACUUCCCGAUGGAGAAUCCGAGCCCUUUUGGUAUGAUUAUGAUAAAAGUAUAAUCCUUGCUGAUUGGUAUCACGCUAGCACAUAUGAACAAGCUGCUGGCCUCUCUUCAAUACCCUUUGUUUUUGUUGGAGAACCUCAAUCUAUUCUGAUACAAGGCAAGGGAAGGUUCGAUUGCAAUGCACCAGGCAUUCAAGCAGGUCUUUGCAAUGCCACAAAUCCUGAAUGCACACCUUAUGCAUUGACAGUUAUUCCUCGAAAAACAUAUCGUCUUCGAAUCGGAAGCCUAACGGCCCUAUCAGCAUUGAGUUUUGAAAUAGAAGGCCAUAACAUGACAGUUGUCGAAGUCGAUGGUCACUAUGUUGAACCGUUCGUUGUCAAAAACUUGUUCAUCUACUCCGGUUGUUUAUUUACCGUUCCAUUGGUUGAGGGUAGAGUUCGCCAUUACAAAUGGGAGGUGAAGUAUGAAUUUAAAUCUCCAGAUUGCUAUAAAAAGCUAGCAAUUACCAUCAAUGGACGAACCCCGGGCCCGAGUAUCAUUGCGCAGCAGGGGGAUACAAUUAUUGUAGAGCUCAAGAAUAGUUUGAUAACAGAAAAUGUUGCAGUCCAUUGGCAUGGAAUAAGACAGGUUGGAACUCCUUGGUUCGAUGGAUCAGAAGGGGUGACACAGUGUCCUAUUCUGCCUGGAGACUCCUUUGUGUACAAAUUUGUUGUCGAUAGACCAGGGACAUAUUUAUACCAUGCACACUAUGGUAUGCAAAGAGAAGCAGGGCUGUACGGAUCAAUUCGUGUAUCACUUCCCGAUGGAGAAUCCGAGCCCUUUUGGUAUGAUUAUGAUAGAAGUAUAAUCCUUGCUGAUUGGUAUCACGCUAGCACAUAUGAACAAGCUGCUGGCCUCUCUUCAAUACCCUUUGUUUGGGUUAGAGAACCUCAAUCUAUUCUGAUACAAGGCAAGGGAAGGUUCGAUUGCAAUGCACCAGGCAUUCAAGCAGGUCUUUGCAAUGCCACAAAUCCUGAAUGCACACCUUAUGCAUUGACAGUUAUUCCUCAAAAAAUAUAUCGUCUACGAAUCGGAAGCCUAACGGCCCUAUCAGCAUUGAGUUUUGAAAUAGAAGGCCAUAACAUGACAGUUGUUGAAGCCGAUGCCAUCUUCAAUUAUUAUCCGAACCAUCCACGACGAAACCCUCCAACGGUCCCACCUCCCGGACCACGUUGGAAUGACACCGAACCACGACUGGCUCAAAGCAUUGCAAUGAAAUCACACAAAGGUUACAUCCACCCUCCUCCUCAAACAUCUGACCGAGUAAUUGUCAUGCUCAAUACACAAAACCUUAUCAACGGCAAUGUUCGUUGGUCAAUCAACAACAUCUCGUACAAUCUCCCACACACGCCAUAUCUCAUCGCGCUGAAGUACAACUUAACCCAUGCUUUCGACCCUUCUCCUCCCCCGGACGGGUACAACUUUGUGAACUACGACAUUUACAGCGUUGCCAAGAAUGUGAAUGCCACUACAAGCACUGGAAUCUACAGAUUGAAGUUCAAUACAACAGUGGAUAUCAUAUUGCAGAAUGCCAACAUAAGGACCCCAAACAAUAGUGAGACACAUCCAUGGCAUUUACAUGGACAUGAUUUUUGGGUUGUGGGCUAUGGCAAGGGCAAGUUUGACAAAACAAAGGAUCCCAAAAACUACAACCUAGUAAACCCAAUUAGGAAAAACACAGUGGCUGUUCAUCCAUAUGGAUGGACUGCUUUAAGAUUUAGAGCCGAUAACCCGGGAGUAUGGGCUUUUCAUUGCCAUAUAGAGUCCCAUUUCUUCAUGGGCAUGGGAGUUGUAUUUGAAGAAGGAAUUGAGAAACUGGGCUCAUUGCCCACAUCAAUAAUGGGAUGUGGUGAUACCAAAGGAUUCCACAGGCCGUAG